GGGGGUAGGUUUAUAUGUGCCGGGGUCAGCUGACACUCUGCAUUGCAGACAGCCGAGUCUAGCGGCGCCAUGUAUGCUCUCGUUCUCCUGGCUGGCCUCCUGGGCACUGCUCUUGCCAGCCCUAUCCCAGACCUGACAACAUGCUCUGGGGGCUCAGCAGUGCUAUGCCAGAACUUGAAGACUGCGGUGGACUGUGGGGCUGUGAAGCACUGCCAGCAGAUGGUCUGGAGCAAGCCCACUGUGAAUUCUCUUCCAUGCAACAUAUGCAUUCAGGUUAUCACUGCAGCCGACAAUAUGCUGAAAGAAAAUACCACUGAGGAGGAGAUCCUUGGUUACCUGGAGAAGAUGUGUGACUGGCUUCCUAACCCCAACUUCUCAUCUAAAUGCAAAGAGACCGUUGAUUCUUACCUCCCUGUCAUCUUGGAUAUGAUUAAACAGGAAAUAGACAAUCCUGGGACAGUGUGCUCUGCACUCAACUUUUGCCAGUCUCUGCAGAAGCACCUGGCAGAACUGAACCACCAGAAGCAACUCGAGGCCAAUAAGAUUCCAGAAGUGGACUUGACUGGAAUGGUGGCUCCCUUCAUGGCCAAUAUCCCACUCCUUCUGUACCCUCAGGAUGGUGCCCACAGCCAGCCCCAGCCAAAGUCUAGCGGAGAUGUCUGCCAGGACUGUGUGCACAUGGUGACUGACAUCCAGACGGCCGUGAGGACCAACUCUACUUUUGUCCAGGGCUUGGUGGAACAUGCCAGGGAGCAGUGUGACCGUCUAGGGCCUGGCAUGGCUGACAUGUGCAAGAACUAUGUCAACCAGUACUCUGAAAUUGCUAUCCAGAUGAUGAUGCAUAUGCAGGAUCAGCAACCCAAGGAGAUUUGUGUACUGGUUGGCUUCUGUGAUGAGGUCAAGGCAGUGCCCAUGCAGACAUUGAUCCCUGCCAAAGUGGCUGCUGAGAGUGUCCUUCCUGCCCUGGAACUGGUGGAGACUGUUGAGGAGGAGCUGAUCCAGGCCCAGGCUGGUGUAUUCUGCAAGGCUUGUGAAUUUGUGGUGAAGCAGAUGGACAAGUUGAUUGAGAACAACAUCACUGAGGAGGAAGUCUUCAAAAGCUUGAAUGUUACGUGCUCCCUAUUGCCUGCUACUGUGUCCAAUGUGUGCCAUGAGAUGGUGGAUGUGUAUGGUCCCUCUGUCUGGUCAAUCCUGGAACAUGAGAUAAGCCCCGAGUUGGUGUGCCAGGAACUCAGCCUCUGUUCCUCUGACAAGGAGCGGAUGGGGAAGAUUGGUCGACUAGGGCUGCCCCAGCCACCUAAGCUGCCCAAACUGUCUGCAUCACCUGCACGUGUGACUCAACUAAAGAAAGGGGGCUUCUGCGAGGUGUGCAAGAAGCUGAUCAGCUAUUUGGAGCACAACCUAGAGAAAAACAGCACCAAGGAGGAGAUCCUGGCUGCACUAGAGAAGGGCUGCAGCUUUCUGCCAGACCCCUACAAGAACCAGUGUGAUGAGUUCGUGACCGAGUAUGAGCCUGUGCUGGUGGAGAUCCUUGUGGAGGUCAUGGAUCCUUCCUUCGUGUGCACAAAAAUCGGAGCCUGCUCCUCUGCUCGUAAGCUUCUUUUGGGAACUGAGAAAUGUGUCUGGGGUCCUGGCUACUGGUGCCAGAACAUGGAGACGGCGGCCCAGUGCAAUGCUGUGGACCAUUGCAAACGCCACGUGUGGAAUUAAAAUUUUCCAUCUCACAGAAACUGUAACCUUUUCUACUUGUGUAUGUGGGGUAGUGAACGCACAAAUAUCCAUUUGACUUUACCAAAAAAAAAAAGUCCUUACACCCUUCCCCCCAAUAGCAUUGCUGUCUUGUGGAACGUGCUGGCAGCCCACAAACAGCUGCUUCAGUGUUCCCUGUCUGCCAGAGGAUGAGGUACUGGGCCCCAAGGUCUCUAGCUGCCCUUGCAUGCGCCUGCUGGGAGCAGGGAGGGCAUUUCCAGUGCUGGUGAGAGCCAGAAGAGCAGGCAGUCUUUAAGACAAUGUCAUUCAUCCCCCACUGUAUUUUGGAAGCACCCUUGAGUCUGCUUUUUCCUGUCCAUGCCUUGUUUGGGGUUCUGUGGGAAGUGUACCUGUGUACCGAAUGUACUCUGGCUCUCAUGUGGGAUCCCUGGUGGCUGCUGCCUGCGUGCCUGUCUGGAUGCUGCUGUCCUGCUUCAGUUUUUUUUGGCCCUUUUCAAGUCAGUGUGGCCAACAAGCAGAGGGUUUACCGCAGUGUGCAGAGUGGUACUGUCUGGGGCUUUUUGCCUGCCACCACUGAUUGCCAGGAGACUGCAAGCUGAGCCACCAAGAUGGCCAUUUGCUGUUAUGUAGACUUAGUGAUUUUCAUUUGUCUUGCACUACUAAAGUUUCUGUGAUUUAACAAUAAAGUUCUGUUAACAGA